AUGCUCGCCUCACACACAAUAUGGUUACUCCCAUAUCUCAUAUGCCUCGCCGGCUUCGUCAAACUCAUUUCAAGGAUUCGAUCGCCUCUGACCAAACUUCCUGGGCCAAAAUACACUGCGAUUACCUCCAUCGUCCUCAAAUAUCAGGAAUUCACUCACGCCCGCCGGCCUUACGUUCACGCGCUGCACGAGAAAUAUGGACCGGUCGUUCGUCUGGCCCCGAACGAAGUAUCCUUCGCCACAGCCGAUGCAGUAAAAGAAAUCUAUAUGUCUGGCGGAAGUGGCUAUGACAAGACACCUUUUUAUACGUUGUUUAUGCAGUUCGGGACGCGAACGUUGUUUUCUACGCUGCCGCGGACGGCGCAUAGCUACAUGAAACGAUACCUGGCAGAUCGCUAUGCCAACACGAGUAUCAUGAAAACCGAGGUUUUGAAUGGCAUUUCCAGCCACGCGAAGGACUUCUUGAAUAAAUGCAUGGAGAGAUGUUCUUCCCGGGAUGGCUUUGCGGAUAUCUAUGUUCAUCUCCACUGCUUCGCUCUUGACGGUGUCACACAUCAGCUUUUCCAUCCAUACGGGACACACUCCAAUGUGAACGAGAAAGAUCUCCGUCUCAUGCAGGAACUGUCCUAUCACAACAGUUUGCAAAGCAACUACCUCCUCUACUACGCACCAUGGCUCUCGAAACCGAUCCACUAUAUCAACCCACCCAAGCCGGCACCCUUAUCCAACGAGUACGUCCUGAAAACUAGCAAGACUGAAUCGCCGUCCUCGUUCAGCCUCUUGUCCAAACUCCAAGCCCAGGCCAAGGCCACUUCGAGCAUGGCCCCUCUCGCCGUCCCCGCUGAAUGUAAAGACCACCUGGCUGCCGGUGUCGACACGACAGGCGACGCUCUGUGCCUCUUAAUGUACCACUUGUCACUGCCCACCUAUGCCUCGCAGCGCAUUCAAUCACUCCUGCAUCAAGAACUGGUCUCCAGCCCAAACACACCAUUUGAUCAACUACCUUACCUCGACGCCGUGGUCAAAGAGGGCCUGCGCUGCUUUCCGCCCAUACCUAUGUCUUUGCCCCGCUAUGUUCCCCAGGGAGGGAGCACCAUUGAAGGCCACUUCAUCCCCGGUGGCACGAUCGUAAGCUGUCAAGCGUGGACAUUGCAUAAGGAUCCCAAUGUAUUUCCUCACCCGUUAGAGUUCAUACCUGAACGCUGGUUGGAGAGAGAAGGCGGGCCGGAGAGGAAUCGGUGGUCAUUCGCUUUCUCGGCUGGGGGAAGAGGAUGUCUUGGGAAACAGUAA